GUGGAACUGGUCCUUUUCACCCAGUGGAUGAAGCAGCAUAAGCUUUCCUGGAGCUUCGCUGCUGCUUCAGGGGAGCUGCUUGUGGCAGCGUCACGUUGUGCUUCUCCUCCUGCAACUCGUUAAAAAAUGAAGAAGAGGGGAAACGAACUAGCGCGCGAGUCCCACCCCCUCCAGGUUGCUCGGCUUUCUCAAAGCCAUAUUCCUUUAAGAUGAUGUAAUAGUCAUUUCCCUGGAUGGUUUCUUCCCUGCACUGCUGAAACAACAGCAUCCGAACUGCACUGGGAACUGUGGAACCACCCAGCCCAGCAACCAGAGGCAGCAGCCUGGGUAGUGAAAGCAGAGAGCAAGCAGCUUCCCUGGGCAUCCUUUUCCUCUCACCCACCCCCGCUCCACUCCACUUCAAACUGCUGCAGGCUUGUGCUCUCUCAACCUGGCUGGGAACAUGGGAGGAUCUCUGCCCUUCCUGAUGGAGAGGGUACCACUGUGGGAUGCCACUGAAACUGCCUUUCACUGCUCUUCAUGUUAUCUGGGCUUUCUGCAAGUCAUCUGAAGCAAGGUCCUCCUCCUGAAAUUCUCUCCUGUCCUAAAGAGUCCUGACCUGGGAUUUGUGCUGCUUUUGCCUCUCUCUCUCUUGGUCUCAGCUAUUGUUGCACAGCUUCGUUUCUCUCCGAUGCCCAGCCUGGUUAACUUUCCUGUGCAAGGGUUUUAACAGUUAAGUUCUGCCUGGAUAUUGCCAACUGAGCUGCUCUCUUCCCCGCAAACCCCAGUCCCUUUCCUGCUUUUGGAUUUGCUUCUAUACCAGAUUCAACCCUCAGUGCUGAUUUUUUUGGGGGGGUUGCUUAGGAAAUGUUGCUUCCCUUCGCAGGAACUGUGCAUUUGUGUAACCAAGGCUUGUGAAUGAUAAGGAAACGUGGCUUGAUCCUACUGCUUGGGGCUUUGAUGGAAGAUCUGGUUAUGUGAUUGUCUUGUGUGAAGGGAGCCCUCUUCAAUUCUCGUAUUUCUUUGUUUUUGUAAGGUUCAAGUCACCUUGCCAGUUUUUGUGAUCAUCCAUUUCUGGACAAUUGGGAAAUAAAUCCUGUAACCUCAUUUCUGUUUCCUGUUCCCCACCCACCCAUCCAUCCCAGUCUCCUUAAAUGCUAGGAGACCCCUGGGGGAGUGGGUACAAGGAGCCUUCUUGAAACCUUGGAUGUGAGUGCGAGUUCCCCCACAGCUUGUGGUUGGCUUGUUUAACAAUAUCAUGGCCUUGAGUGGAAACUGCAGGACUUACCUCCCUCCCAGAGAGCAAGCAACAGCUGCACAAUCCUACCCAGAGGUGAUAGAGCUGAAUGUGGGCGGCCAGGUUUAUUUCACUCGCCUCUCAACUUUAACAGGCAUUCCCCACACCCUGCUUUGGAAAAUGUUCACCUCCAAGAGAGAGUCGGCCAACGAUCUUGCAAAAGAUUCCAAGGGAAGGAUAUUCAUCGACAGAGAUGGCUUCCUGUUCCGCUACAUUUUGGACUAUCUCAGGGACAAGCAAGUGGUCCUGCCUGACCAUUUUCCAGAAAGAGGGAGGCUCAAAAGGGAAGCCGAGUACUUUCAGCUGCCAGACUUGGUCAAAAUUCUGAGUCCGGAUGAGAUCAAGCAGAGCCCCGAUGAUUAUUGCCAUAGUGAUUACGAGGAGGUUUCCCAAAGCAGUGACACAAGAAUAUGUGCCCUGUCGUCACUCAUGCCCUCGGAUCGAAAGUGGGGCUUCAUUACCAUUGGCUACCGAGGGUCGUGCACCAUGGGUCGGGAGACCCAAGCAGAUGCCAAGUUCAGGAGAGUCCCGCGGAUUUUGGUUUGCGGCAGGAUUGCUCUAGUCAAAGAAGUUUUUGGAGAAAGUUUGAAUGAGAGCAGGGACCCAGACCGGGCUCCCGACAGAUACACCUCCAGGUUCUACCUGAAGUUCAGGCACCUGGAAAGGGCUUUUGAUAUGUUGUCAGAAUGUGGAUUCCACAUGGUGGCCUGCAAUUCUUCAGUCACGGCUUCUUUUGUCAAUCAAUACACUGAUGACAAAGUUUGGUCCAGCUACACGGAAUACGUCUUUUAUCGAGAGCCUUCAAGAUGGUCUUCAUCACACUGUGACUGCUGCUGUAAAAAUGGCAAAGGCGACAAAGAAGGAGAAAGUGGAACCUCCUGCAAUGAACUCUCCACCUCGAGCUGCGACAGCCAGUCAGAAGCCAGCUCCCCUCAAGAGACUGUCAUCUGUGGCCCGGUCACCCGCCAGUCCAAUAUACAGACUCUGGAUAGGCCAGUCAAGAAAGGCCCGGUGCAGCUACUUCAGCAGUCCGAAAUCCGGAGGAAAAGCGACCUGCUCCGAACUCUAACUUCCGGCUCUAGGGAAUCCAACUCUAGUAAAAAAAAAUCGGCGAAAGAAAAGCUCUCGAUUGAGGAAGAGUUAGAAAAAUGCAUCCAGGAUUUCCUCAAGAUCAAAAUCCCAGACAGGUUUCCAGAAAGGAAGCACCCUUGGCAAUCUGAACUGUUACGAAAGUAUCGUCUAUAGGAGCGGGGUUAGGGCAAGGAAAAUCACCUUAUUGCAAUUUACAGAAUGAGAUCCUACAUGAUAAAGAAAUAAAAUAAUAAUGGUAAUAAUUUGUUAGAUCACACACACAAAAAUGACGAUGACCCACAAUCCAUCACUAUAGUACAGCCUAAUUUGCCUAUUUCACCAAAGCAUUCCUAAUUACACUAUAACAACAUCCUCCCUGUGAUAGGAGGAUUAACAAGGCAUUCAUCAUGUGUUAACCUCCUGACAUAUGCCAUAUGCUUGCAGUGCCACAUGCACAGCUAAGGAAACAUGUGCAGUAUGGUUGUGGGUUGGCACCACCAACGACGAAAAUUUUCAUAUGGUCGGGCAGAGUUUUAUGGUGGGUGGUGAUUUUCUAAGCUGCAUGCCUUCUUGAGUUCACCUUUAAUGUCAUUUAUUUGGAGAGAGAAGCUGGGUCAGGCAGAUGUCAAUGGUCUUGAAAGGAAGACGUGAUGUCUUGCCGGUUUACACCAGGAGAGAGUGUAUAUAUGUCUGUGUGCCACAUAAAAGUUUUCUUCGUUUCCUCCUUUUAACUGUGUGUUACUCUCAAAAGUACUACUAGAGCUUACUGGAUGACCUAUGUCCUCUUCCCCACCCCUGUAGAAUUAUGUACAGAAUAAGUAUUUGCCCCCUUCUUUUCUUGGAGAGGAGGGUCAACUCUUGAUAUCAGCGGUAGAUCUGAAUUUGCUCUGUUUGCACACCAUGAAUGUUUAUGAGCCACAGACUGCACUCAGCUUAGCAGGAACAUCUGACAAGCCAAUGGCUGCAAUCCAGUAGGGAGAUACGUGCGGGGUCCAAGUGGUUGUGGGCUGUCACACUUCAGAUUUUGCUCAGUUUCUCUUUCAGCAAUUUUCAUCCCAAUCCCUUAAACUUGGAGUGUUUAAAAAGUAGCCCCAUGGAUUCAGGAGGGAGAGCUGCUGGAAUAAAAACUGAUAGAACUCUAGUGUGCAUGGAGAAAUGGCAGAAAUCUGCAUUGUGAAUUGUAAGUCCUGCCAAUGUUUUUUUGUGUUUUUUUUUACUGGCCCUGCCUUCCAAAGAGACUUUAUGUGCAUGCAGAAAUCAAGCAGGAAAUCCUUUUCCAUCAUGUUAUCUCCACGCCAGAGAAU